AUGAUCGAUGGCGACAUUGUCUUGGCCGUGCGGUUUUGGAUCUUGUGCAGUACGCUGUUGAUGGUCUACAUGCCGUCACGUUUCGUGCGCAAGAUCUACCGCGAUAAAGCCGUCGGGUCGGCGUCGCUCGUUCCCAUUUUCCUAGUGCUUGCCAACUCGCACGUGUGGAUGAUGUAUGCGUACUUGGGUCGAACGUGGUUCCCCAACUUCCCCGUCUUCCUCUUCGGCGACAUUGUCACAGUAUGCUACCUCUACAUCUACUGGCGGUACUCGGACGACCGAGACCACGUGGCCCACACCAUUAGCAUCAUGUUUGCCUGGCUCACGGUACCCACGUUCUACGUGGUCGUCGGCAGCCUGGGCCUGACGGACCAGACACGAGCUCAGGUCUGGAAAACCCACGGAUUGUGCUUCUGCGGUGUGACUGUCGUCAUGAGCCACAUGCUGAUGCUCAAGAAAAUCGUCUAUGCAAUACAGCGUCGGUCUGCGGCGUUCAUCGUGCCACGGUCUCUUGUUGUGACGACUUUCAACACGUUUGCCUGGUUCACGUACGGUCGAGUGACUUCAAACUGGAUUAUUGCCGGACCUCAAGUGUUUGUCAUCGCGCUCCACGUAGCUGCAUGGACAAUCUACGUCGCUUUUGCGCGCCCGGCCAGUCCGGACCUGCCCAUUCGCGCGAUGGAGGAGGGCACAGUGACGUCUGUUGUCGUGCUUUCACCCCAGAUUGAUGUCGAUGCCUACGGUGGUACGAAGGAAGCGCGAACAUCUGGCAGUAUAGAAUACUGCUCCCUGCGGUCCCCCUCGACUUGA